GGGGCUUGGAGCGCCCAUGGAGCCCCUGAACAGCAGCAGCACCCCGGGGCCCUUUGACGGGCGCUGUGGUGCUCUGUAAAAUCUGAUUUUGGGGGUUCAGAGCGCACAUAGAGCCCCUGAACAGCCGCAGUGGUGCUCUAUGAAAUCAGAUUUGGCGGCUCGGUGCCCCUGAACAGCCGCAGUGGUGCUCUAUAAAACCAGAUUUGGGGCUCCGUGCCCUCAUAGAGCCCCUGAACAGCCGCAGUGGUGCUCUAUAAAAUCAGAUUUUGGGGGCUCAGUGCCCCCAUAGAGCCCCUGAACGGCCGCAGUGUGCUCUAUAAAACCAGAUUUGGGGCUCGGUGCCCCCAUAGAGCCCCUGAACGGCCGCAGUGUGCUCUAUAAAACCAGGUUUGGGGCUCGGUGCCCAUGGAGCCCCCGAACGGCAGCAGCACCCCGGGCCCGUUUGACGGGCCGCAGUGGCCGCACCGCGGGCCGCGGGGCCUGUUCGUGGCCGCGGCCGCGCUGAUGGCGCUGCUGGUGGCCGCGGCCUCGCUGCUCAACGGGCUCGUCGUCCUCGUGUCCCUGCGGCACCGCCGCCUGCGCUCGCCCCUCAACCUCAUCCUGCUCAACCUGGCCCUGGCCAACCUGCUGGUGACGGCCUGCGGCAGCUCCGUCAGCCUGGCCAGCAACGUCCGCGGCUUCUUCGCCUUCGGGGAGCGCCUCUGCCGCCUCGAGGGAUUCAUGGUGGCGCUGACGGGCAUCGUGGGGCUCUGGUCCCUGGCCAUCCUGGCCUUGGAGAGGUACCUGGUGGUCUGCAGACCCCUGGGGGAAUUUCGGUUCCAGCACAGGCACGCUGCCACUGGCUGUGCCUUCACCUGGGGCUGGUCCCUGCUCUGGACAACCCCACCCCUGCUGGGCUGGAGCAGCUACGUGCCUGAAGGGCUGAGAACCUCCUGUGGGCCCAACUGGUACACGGGGGGCAGCAACAACAACAGCUACAUCCUGUCCCUGUUUGUCACCUGCUUUGUGAUGCCCCUGGGCCUGAUCCUCUUCUCCUACACCAACCUGCUGCUGACCCUGAGGGCGGCUGCAGCACAGCAGAGGCAGGCAGACACCACCCAGAAGGCAGAGAGGGAGGUGACACGCAUGGUGGUGGCCAUGGUGGUGGCUUUCCUCACCUGCUGGCUGCCCUACACCACCUUUGCCCUGGUGGUGGCCACCAACAAGGGCAUUGUGAUCCAGCCAGCCCUGGCAUCCCUGCCCUCCUACUUCUCCAAGACAGCCACUGUUUACAACCCCAUCAUCUACGUCUUCAUGAACAAACAGUUCCAGGGCUGCCUGCUGGAAAUGCUGUGCUGUGGUCACCACCCCCGGGGCAUGGGGAAAACCUCUCCAGCUGCCCCCAGUCCCCAGGGGGCUGCAGAGGGGCUGAGGAACAAGGUGACACCAUCCCAGCCCGUGUGAUGUCCUGCCUGCAGCAGUGCCAGCUCCAGGAUCUGCCUGUGCCCCCACAGCAGCACACAGGGCUCAGGGCUUGGAGAGGUCCCCAACAAAAAAAUAAAUACAUGGCACUGUCUUCUUGCAGCAAGGUGCCAGCCCAUCAUAGGAGAAAAUGCAGAUUUUCAUUAUUUCUCUCUCCUAAGGAACCCCUUCCCUCCCAGCCCCUCACCUUGGAGCCUUUCAGGAACACAAAAUUAAAAUGAGCAGGGGUUUUCCCUCAGUGCACAACAUCCCAGGCUGGCCAAGCCCUGCCUGCUCCUGCUGGGAAGUUCAGGGAUGCUGUAAAUCUGGCAAAAAUCCAGCAGGAAUGUUUAAGAGCCAACUGUGUUAAUAAACACUAAUAAACACUGAGCAGUUCAUCUGUC